ACAAUUUUCUGUUAAAAUGUUUGGCCCAUUGUCGCCGUAGAUUGUCUUCUCCGUUCGAAAUCGCAUCCAUCGCCGUCGUCGUCGGUGACGAAAACCACCGCGUAAAACCGUUUCCUAAAUCAGAUGUUCAAUCUUAGAAGUAUCUCUUAGAAGCUCUCUUGUAUGAAAAAAUGGGACUGUUAAGCAUAAUCCGGAAGAUCAAGAAGAAAGAGAAGGAGAUGCGUAUUCUUAUGGUUGGACUUGAUAAUUCUGGGAAGACGACGAUUGUUCUGAAAAUAAACGGAGAAGACACAAGUGUGAUUAGUCCAACUCUUGGAUUCAACAUCAAAACCAUUAUCUACCAAAAGUAUACGCUAAAUAUAUGGGAUGUUGGUGGGCAAAAGACUAUAAGAUCGUAUUGGAGGAAUUACUUUGAGCAGACUGAUGGUUUGGUUUGGGUGGUUGAUAGUUCUGAUCUUAGGAGGUUAGAUGAUUGCAAGAUGGAACUUGACAAUCUCUUGAAAGAAGAGAGGCUAGCUGGUUCAUCUUUGCUGAUACUAGCAAAUAAGCAGGAUAUUCAAGGUGCACUAACACCUGAUGAAAUUGGCAAGGUGCUAAACUUAGAGUCCAUGGAUAAAAGCCGGCACUGGAAGAUAGUGGGUUGCAGCGCAUACACGGGUGAAGGUUUGUUGGAAGGAUUCGAUUGGUUGGUUCAAGACAUUGCCUCCAGGAUUUACAUGCUUGACUAAUCGACUACUGCAUUGCACAAUCAAUGGCUUGUUAUACUCAACUAUAUGCAGUGACUUUGUAUUGGCUCUAAGUUUUUCCUUCAGUUCUAUUGUAACGAUGAUUAGACAAAACAUAAAUAUUUCCAAGACGAACUCUUCUCAUUUUGUUUCA